CGCCACAUUUGUGAUACCUCUCAAUUUCAGUAAUGUGUCCUUUGUAUUCGCAAAGUCUUCGUUAACGACGUAACGGCAUUUGCGAGUUGUAAAAGUCGUACUUCAUCUCGACCCACGCAGGGGUUACAUCUAGAACUCGACUAGCCAGGCCGCACGUCUGACAGGACCUUACCGAUGGAGGGCGGCGCGGGCUAUGGUGGCUAGGGACCCGGCGGCAGGGCUGGCGGUGCUGGUGAACGCGCUGGGCGUUGCCGUUUUCCUGCUCGUCGUGCUACGGCACCUGCUGGAGAUUGGUUUCGAGCACUUGGGAGGACUGAACUGGUGAAGGGGGGUGUUGGAGCGAGCCAUGGCAGCGGCGGUGGCGGCAGGCCGCGUGGUGCGGGUGGUGUCGCUGGGCCGCGUGGGGUAUGCGCAGGCCCUCGCCGUGCAGACGCGUCUGGCGCGAGCGCUGCUGGACCACCUGGCGGCGCCCAGCGGCCCUGCACCGCCUGACACCCUGCUCCUGUGUGAGCACGAGCCCGUGUACACUGUGGGCAUCCGCCAGGCGCCGUACCCUGCCGAAGUGGAGACCCGGCUGCGAGCUCUGGGUGCCGACUUCCACCGCACGAACCGCGGCGGCCUCAUCACGUUCCACGGACCGGGCCAGCUCGUGUGCUACCCCGUGCUGCACCUAGCCCGGCACCGCAGGAGCCUGCGCUGGUACGUCUGCCAGCUGGAGCGAGUGGCAGCGGACGCAUGCCGCGACCUCGGCGUGCCCGCCCACUCGCAUGAGCAGCACACGGGUGUCUGGGUCGGCGAGCGCAAGAUCUGCGCCAUCGGUAUCCACUGCGCCCGCUUUGUGACGUGGCAUGGCCUCGCACUCAACUGCGACUGCGACCUGCGCUGGUUCGAGCACGUGGUGCCGUGCGGCCUAGAGGGCCUGGGCGUCACGUCACUGUCGCGCGAGCUGGACCGCCGCGUGGCCAUCCCAGAGGCCGAGACGCCGCUCCUGCGCGCCUUCGCCCGCCACUUCCAGUGCGAGCUGGUGCCUGGCAGCCUGGAUCCUCCCGAGCGACGAACACACCCAACGCUAAAGCCGUCGUCGAUGCUAUAAUGAACAUAUGUACAAGUGGCCUAUGAGAAA